AAAAUUUCGUUAGAAAAAUGAGAGCUCUGAAACAAUCGGCCUUCAAAUUUCCCGGCGAAAUUCCGGCGGCUCUUGAAGCCUUCGUCGCCGCAUACCACCGCCUCUUCACCGUCGUCCGAUUGGAUUCUGUCGCCUUGAUCGCCUCCUUCGCAAUGUACUCCGCCGGCACAUUUCUCGCAAUCACUCUGCCUGCAUGUAUGUUUCUCUACUACCGGAAAAUCAGUAAACCCUUCCUUCGCGCCGCCGAUUUGGAGGAUACUGGUAAAUUAUCCUCACUGGAUGACGCACACUCUGGAGGAAGCACGAGAGGCAUAGUCCCUGCUUCUGAUGUUGUGUAUGAAGACGCAUUUACAAUUGAUGAUGCUGGUUACGCUGAGGAGCUUCAGUUCCAAGAAACACUGAUAGCCUCGGAGCUUCAGUUCCAAGAAGCACUGAUAGCAUCGGAGCUUCAGUUCGAUGAAACACUGAUAGCCUCACUUUUUGCUUCGGAGUUGGACUAUCCAUCUUCAUCAAUGCAAGAGCCUGAACCUAUGUUCAAUACAGAAAUAACGAAGGUUGAGAUAGCUGAGGAUUCGGGCCAAAUCUUUUGUGGGAUAUGCUUGGAAGACAAAGCGAGCUGGCUAAUGUUCGCGAAUGACACAUGUCAACACUCAUUCUGCUACGAAUGCACAGCCAGCCACAUUGAAGCAAAGAUCCAAGAAAAAGGGACAGAGAUAGCUUGCCCUGCACCAGGCUGCAGAGCUGAGCUUGACUCUGUUGCUUGUAGGCAAAUGAUCUCCGAUGAGGCCCUUGUUCAGUGGGACGAGGUGCUCUGCAUGUCACUCAUCCCCGAGUCUGAGACACUGUACUGCCCUUUCCAGGACUGCUCAGCUCUGCUCUUGAAUGAUUUAGGGGGUGUGAUUGAGAAAAUAAGAUGCAUCGAGUGCAAGAGGUGGUUCUGUGGGCAGUGUCGGGUCCCCUGGCACACGGAUUUCACGUGCAAAGAGUUCAAGAAGCUGUACGCGAAGAAGGGAGGGAAAGUGGAUAAGAUAGUGAAGGAGCUCGCAAAGAAGAAGAGAUGGCAGAAGUGCCCCAAGUGCAAGAUGUACGUGGAGAAAAGCGAGGGAUGUAUGCACAUCACUUGCAGAUGUGGAUACGAGUUCUGCUACCGAUGUGGAGGUAACUGGUCGAGUUCUCAUGGCUGCUGCCGCCGCUGGAAAUUUUAGGUGCUUCUUCUUCGUAUAUAUAGGGUUUAUUAUUGGUUUUCAUUAUCGUAGGUGCUUCUAUGGAUAAAGAUUUUUAUGUUAGACGAUGGUUAAAAAUUUAGAAAAAUGUUUGCAGAAAUUAGGGAGAUUUUUUAAUAUCAACAAUUACAAUGAUGGUGAAUUUCCUCUUUUGUAACACCCUUUAC